UUUGCUAUAAUAAAUAAUUUUUGUGUUAACGUAUGCAUAUGCAUUUCUAUUACAAGCGUAAUAACUACAAUUGUUAUAUAAAAAGUGCAGAUAAUAUAAUUGGAUGUAUGAUUUAUCAAUGAAUUUUGUAUUUUCAUUAAAGGUUUAAAUUAAAGCAAAAUUUAUGAGGACAAAAUAAUUAGAGUGAUCAAAAGAAGAGUACCACAUCUUUCGUUACAAUUUCUUCCGUUUCAUUUAAGAUCAUUUGUUCGUCAAUAUUUUCCUUUUCAUAAUCGUUUUUAUUAUUAACAACACAUUUGUGAAUUGACAAAGAUCUAUCAUUAUUAGAUUCAUUAUGAAAUCCAUAAUAUUGUUCAAGAAGUUCUCGCGUUAUAUUGAUCAUUGAAAUAUAUAAAAACCUGAAUGGAUAUAGUUUAAAAUAUUUAUCGUAUAAUUUUUUAAUUUAUUGAACAGAAUCAAUAACGUUCGAACAUAAGUGUUGAUUUAGAUGAUUCUUUAAUUUUCUUAGUACAAUGCGUUUCUAUGGAAACAAAAGAGAUGUUUGAAAAUGGAUAUCGUUCCGCAAUAUACAUUCAUUCCACUUGCAUAUAAGAAUUACUUUAAUAUAAAUGAUAAAGAAACGCAAAAUUUAUUUAACAAAUGGGGAUUAAAGGGAAAUAUCGUUCUUCAACAUUUUUCUUUCAAUGAACCUUUUCAUUUAUAUCAUAAAUACCAAUUUGCUGAGGCCUUUUUUAAAAGCAGCAUUGUUGCCGAAAACUUGUUAACAAAAAGAGGAAGCUCGUGGACAAAACAAGGAAUCAUUGCAUCAACUGUGGAUGUGCAACAAAUACCAUGUUCUGUUAUAAAUAUGUCUUUUUUUAAUAAAUUGGAAAAUCCAGAUAAUGGAAUAAUAAAUAGUUCUGGUGUUAUUCGCAAAAGAUAUGAUAGUGAAAUUAAUGAUUUCCUUAUUUCUGACAAGUUAAGAGAGAUGUUAUUAGAUGAAGAAUCAACCCAAUAUGAUUUAUAUACAGAAGAUGAAAGAAAAGAAUUUAUCUUUUGCAUUUUCCAAAUGUUGGUUCUUGGAGGAAUUUUAUGCCAAUAUGAAGACACUUUGAAACCAUACCUUGAUACGACAAAGCGAAUUUAUAAAGAUCUUAUAAGAGUACAAAAACGAAAAUAUUUGGAUGAUUUAUGUGUCAGUACAACAGUUUUAAAAGUUACAGCAAAAGAUAAUAAAAAUCAAGCAUACUUUCCGAGCAAUAAUCCUUUUAAUAUACAGAAUGUUGGAUUUCUAUUGAUUGAUGGAAAUCUACGUGAAGUAACAACAUUUCUACAUCAGUUUGGAGGAUAUUGCGAUUGAUAUUACUUACUUAUACUUUUUUAUAAGAAAAGAUAAAGGGGAAAAGAUAACAUUUUUAAUUAUCCAUUUAUCUCAUAAUUGUUUAUCAAAUACGUACAUAUAUUCUUA